AGUUAUUUUGACAAAAUUAUAAUAAAACGAUCACCGCCGGCAAAAAAAUGGCGUCUUUCUUGGAAAAUAUGCAAAAUUAUUUUAAAAACAAUGGUAAAACACGCGAAUUCGCAGCUCAUUCUUCAAAAGUUCAUUCUGUAGAUUGGAACUCGGACGGUAGAAAGCUUGCGUCGGGUUCUUAUGACAAGACAGUAAAUGUAUUUCAUUUGGAUCGCGAUCGACUGUCUAAAGAUGUAACAUUUCGAGGCCAUGGUGACAGUGUAGACCAGUUAUGUUGGCAUCCUAAACACCCAGAUCAACUUGUCACAGCGAGUGGUGAUAAAACAAUCAGAAUGUGGGAUGCUAGGACUAACAAAUCUAUAGCCACAGUUAAUACAAAAGGAGAAAAUAUAAACAUAUGUUGGUCACCAGAUGGCAGCACUAUAGCUGUUGGAAACAAAGAUGAUCUUAUCACAUUUAUUGACGCCAAAACUCACAGGUCACGCCUAGACCAGCAGUAUAACUUUGAAGUCAAUGAGAUCUCAUGGAAUAAAGACGGGGAUCUUUUCUUCCUCACCAGUGGUCAGGGUUCUAUACACAUUUUAAGUUAUCCUGAUUUGAAAACACAACAUGUUCUAAAUGCACAUCCUGCCAAUUGUAUUUGUAUAGAGUUUGAUCCAAAGGGCCAGUAUUUUGCUACAGGAAGUGCCGAUGCUUUAGUCAGUUUAUGGAAUCUCUCAGAGUUGGUGUGUGUACGAACUAUAUCAAGGUUAGAUUGGCCAGUACGUACAAUGAGUUUCAGUCAUGAUGGUAAAAUGUUAGCAGCAGCAUCUGAAGAUCUUGUUAUUGAUAUAUCUGAAGUUGAAACUGGUGAGAAAAUAGCAGAGGUACCUUGUGAGUCCCCAACAUUUACAGUGUCAUGGAAUCCCAAAAAACCUCUUUUAGCCUUCGCAUGUGACGAUAAAAGUGAACGUGAUCGUGAUAGAGAUGCUGGUACAGUCAAACUGUUUGGUCUCCCAGGCGACCAUUAGUGUACAUUGGGCAAAUAUCAAUUAAGGGAUUUGUGGGUAUAGAGCAUAGAAGCUGAAAUGUGUUCAUACAUUUUCAAGCAUGUUGUGGCAAGUAAGAAGCUGUCAGAUGUGGAGUCUAAAUUUGUGUUCAGAAGACAAGAGUGAUGAAAGGGUUGUACUGUGAAAUGCUAUAUGACAGAGAUUUUUAGUUAUCAUCUUGGAUUUACACCACUAUUUGAUCUCACGAAUUAGAUUGUUGAGACCAUUUUGCUAAAAUAAUUAUGGAGAUAUGCUACUGAUUAAUUACAAAAAUAAAAAUGACAAGACCUUUAUAAAAUGAAGAGACCUUGCAAUUGGACGCCUUCAAUAAACUUGUAGCCACUGUACUGAUUUUAAUACAUGUAAUUUGUUAAGACUUUUAAAAAUGAAAUGGCUGAAGUAAAUGAUAAUUAAACUGUAUUUUAUUUGAAGUAAAUUGGUGAGACUUCAUUACUUUUAAAAUUAAUAAUCAUUGAAUUUCUGAUAAUUGAAAAAUCACAGAAACUCAAACUGUCAGACAAACUUGCUUCUUAUUCAAAACUAAAUUGAUCCCAGGAAAAUUUUUUUAAGAUGAUAGAUUUAUUUAUUGCCUAAAUUUGUUCA